AUGGAAAAGCCGGAGGAAACCAUCGAGAGUGCAUUGCUGGAAGAUUUUGCGGUGUUCCGAGUAUGCGACCUACAACUACACAACAGGCAGUUGAUCGGCUGCGCACCCACCGUCCAGAGUGUGUUGUACCAUGGUGCAAUGGCAAUGCGUAAAGAAGUUGACAGGAUCGUUCUUGCUUCCGAUGGCUGCGAAAUCUCGUCUGAUCUAGUUCUGAUGGCGUUGCAAGGCCAGAUGAUGAUUUUGCUGAGUCCCGAAGAAACGUGGAUGCCGUACGGCCCUGCCAGCGUACCUUACGACCCCAGCAUUAAUCCUCCGUACGUCUUCCAACCAAACGCAAACGAAACCUCAACUAACGCAGAAGAGUCUAGUGAAGAUCACAUUGCCGGCGCGUCAUCAUCAAACGGUGAAAUUGAAAUACUCAUCGAAGAAAAUCCUGUCAAGACCCCACUGUCCCCUAUCAACGAUUUGCGUGACGGUCACUCUGCCGGCGCGUCAUCAUCAAACGGUGAAAUUGAAAUACUCAUCGAAAAAAAUCCUGUCAAGACCCCACUCUCCCCUAUCAACGAUUUGCGUGACGAUCAGGGUGAUGCAUCUGUUGACGGGGAGAACCAAUCACCAAAUGUGCAACAUAAACGACCUGCUGAUCCGAUAACUGUUGAGAAGAGGAAGCGUAGGGCAACAAAUGACAUGAAAUUUCAGUCCUUUCAAAUAAACUGGAGCAAAGUUAGCGACCGCUUGAUGCAGCAGCUCGAUCUCUUCCAAAGUGCAUGUAACAUCAGCCCAAAACAACCCGUUCCACGAGAGAAGCGGGUCACCAACGAGGAUUUGAAUGAACUCGUGGCAGUAGUAGUAGAUCAACUGCGUACAAUUGACAAAGCCGUAUCGGCUGGAAUAAUGGACACAGUGGCGAAACAAAUUACGGCGAGAUAUCCCUGUCUAGACUUCUCCGACGAUGACGGGUUUAAGGACGGGAAAGGUUUCGUUGCCAUUAAGUUGAAGCUGAUCCACCGGAACUCAUAUAAGAACCGAUUCAAAGAAGAGGGUGAAGCCACCCAAUCGCGAUCACAAAAGGCAAAGUUGCGCCACGUACAGAGCGGUACCCUUCAAGAAUACUGGCAAACCACGUCCCAAGAUUGCCCUACCAGCGUGAAAUCAGUUCUGCAGAGAGAUGAACCCGACCAGUUGACGAACGACUUUCUGAUAGAAUCCCAACCAUACGUGAGAUUUUUGUUUGAUAAUGAAGAGCUGGAUGAACUGCUCUCCCGAUUCUCAGUCCUACGAAGAACCGUUUUGCUCAAUUAUCAUUUUGAAAAAGCAACUGGUGUAAACAUAUCCGACUUGAGCAAAUACUUUCUGGCCAAAAAACGCAAGAUUAUUGAUUACUCGCGAAAAUCAAAGAAGCAAACCCUCGGAGAGGAGGCCUCAACUUUAGAAAUUCUCGAUUUUUUGGCACAUCUUGUCAACGAAAAGCUCGAGAAUCUGAUCAUUCAAAAAGAGAUGGGCACAAACAUUUCGGCGAUCAAAACAGACGUAACUGGACCUAUUCUUGUCUGUAUUGACAUGGGCGAUGACAACUGUAUGUAUUACGUCUACGCUGAGAAAACACGUCUGACCGAGGGAACUCCCUGCAUCCUUGGUGCCGUCGAAAACUUGAUGACCGUGUAUUAUGUACAUAAUUUUAUGUAUGUAGAACGCUGCUCUAAAAUUCUUGAAUUGAUUCAAGAAUACUUUCUUAAAAUACUGCCAGCCACGGGCUCCAAAAGUCAGGCGACCAGAGUAGGUGGAAGGCAACGGCUUGUUAAGCGAGUGAUUCUUGCACUCUCUGCUCAUGAAGUGGAAGUUCCCGAAUAGCAUAGCUAGUAACUGAUAUUUGUUAUAUUUUGAUAAUACAAAAAUAAUGCUUAGUUCAUAAGUGAGUGAGAAACCAAAAGUAAGAAUUGAAAUGCAUUUUUACAUAGAAAGAUAAGCAUUUGUAUUAAAUAUAAUUAGUUUGACUAAGUGUAUGCUACAGGUAGUAUUAGGUGUUCAGUUGAAAUAAACAAAA